GAGGAGGAGGAGGAGGAGGACCGGCUCAUGCAGCUCCACCCUCGCGCAACAGUGCGCGGUUUAAAUGGUAAGGAUCUGAAUUUGACGGGGGUCAUUUGGACUGCUCGUUUUUGGAGUACCUCGUCAACUCCCCUGAACACAAAUUUCUUCACAUCAUUUGGCCCUCCACUUUAACCCAAGAUGUCCAAGAAGGCCCCAAGCGAGGACGAGAAGUUCCUCUUUGUUGACAAAGACUUCCUGAACAGCCCCAUGGCUCAGGCUGACUGGUCGGCCAAGAAGCUGGUGUGGAUCCCAUCAGAGAGGCAUGGCUUCGAGGCAGCCAGUGUCAAGGAGGAGCACGGCGACGAGGUGCUGGUGGAGCUGGCUGACAAUGGCAAGAAGGUGACCGUCAACAAGGAUGACAUCCAGAAGAUGAACCCGCCCAAGUUCAGCAAGGUGGAGGACAUGGCCGAGCUCACCUGCCUGAACGAAGCCUCCGUGUUGCACAAUAUCCGCGAGAGGUACUUCUCUGGCCUUAUUUAUACGUACUCUGGCCUGUUCUGCGUGGUGGUGAACCCCUAUAAAAUGCUGCCCAUUUACUCAGAGAAGAUCAUUGACAUGUACAAAGGGAAGAAACGACAUGAAGUCCCCCCUCAUAUCUACUCCAUCACUGAUAAUGCCUACAGAAACAUGAUGCAAGAUCGCGAGGACCAGUCCAUUCUUUGCACUGGAGAGUCUGGUGCUGGGAAGACGGAGAACACCAAGAAAGUCAUCCAGUAUCUGGCUGUUGUGGCCUCCUCACAUAAAGGCAAGAAGGACAGCAGUGCCCAACAAUCAGGAUCACAGUUUGCCUACGGGGAGCUGGAGAAGCAGCUCCUGCAGGCCAAUCCCAUCCUGGAGGCCUUCGGAAAUGCAAAGACCAUCAAAAAUGACAACUCCUCCCGAUUUGGUAAAUUCAUCCGUAUCAACUUUGAUGUGACCGGCUACAUUGUCGGAGCCAAUAUUGAGACUUACCUGCUGGAGAAGUCUCGCUGUAUCAGACAAGCAAAGACAGAAAGAGCUUUUCACAUCUUCUACUACAUGAUUGCCGGUGCCAAGGACAAACUGCGUGAGGAGCUUCUUCUGGAGCCCUUCAGUAAUUACCGCUUCCUGAGUUCGGGCCACGUUCAGAUCACCGGCCAGCAAGACGAUGAGAUGUACGAAGAGACCAUGGAGGCCAUGAGGAUCAUGGGCCUGAGCGACGAGGAGAGAAUCGAUAUCCUGAAGGUGUGCUCCACAGUCAUGCAGCUGGGAAACAUUGAGUUCAAGAAAGAGAGGAACCAGGAGCAGGCCACUAUGCCAGACAACACUGCGGCCCAGAAGGUGUGUCACCUGCAGGGCAUCAAUGUGACAGACUUUACCCGAGCCAUCCUCACCCCUCGAAUCAAAGUGGGCAGAGAGGUGGUGCAGAAGGCUCAGACAAAAGAGCAGGCUGACUUUGCUAUUGAAGCCCUGGCUAAAGCUGUGUUUGAGCGACUGUUCCGCUGGAUCCUGGCCCGAGUCAACAAAGCCCUGGACAAGACCAAACGCCAGGGAGCCUCCUUCCUGGGAAUCCUCGACAUUGCCGGUUUUGAGAUCUUUGAGGACAACUCCUUUGAGCAGCUGUGCAUCAACUACACCAAUGAGAAGCUGCAGCAGCUCUUCAACCACACCAUGUUCAUCCUGGAGCAGGAGGAAUACCAGAGGGAGGGCAUCGAGUGGAACUUCAUCGACUUCGGACUCGACCUGCAGCCCUGCAUUGAGCUCAUCGAGAGACCGAACAACCCUCCAGGCAUCCUGGCCCUGCUGGAUGAAGAGUGCUGGUUCCCCAAAGCCACAGAUGUCUCUUUUGUGGAGAAACUCAUGAACACACAAGGGAACCAUAUGAAAUUCGCCAAACCUAAACAGCUCAAAGACAAGACAGAGUUUUCUCUUUUUCAUUAUGCUGGGAGGGUGGACUAUAACGCCACAUCCUGGUUGACAAAGAACAUGGACCCUCUAAAUGACAAUGUCACAGCGCUGCUCAGCAGCUCCUCCAGCCAGUUCGUGCAAGACCUCUGGAAAGAUACGGACAGAGUGGUGGGUCUUGACACAAUAGCCAAGAUGUCAGACAGCUCCAUGCCGAGUGCCUCAAAGACCAAGAAGGGAAUGUUCCGUACGGUGGGACAGCUCUACAAGGAGUCUCUGGCCAAACUUAUGACCACACUGCACAACACCCAGCCCAACUUCGUCAGAUGCAUCAUCCCCAACCACGAGAAGAGGGCAGGGAAGCUGGAUGCUCACCUGGUCCUGGAGCAGCUGAGGUGUAACGGUGUGUUGGAGGGGAUCAGAAUCUGCCGACAAGGAUUUCCCAACAGAAUCGUUUUCCAGGAGUUCCGCCAGCGCUAUGAGAUCCUGGCUGCUAACGCUAUCCCCAAAGGUUUCAUGGAUGGCAAACAAGCCUGCUGCCUCAUGAUCAAGCAUCUGGACCUGGACCCCAACCUGUACAGGAUCGGACAGAGUAAGAUCUUCUUCCGCACAGGAGUGCUGGCCCAGCUGGAGGAGGAGAGAGAUCUGAAGAUCACUGUGGUCAUCAUCGCUUUCCAGGCCCAGGCGAGAGGCUUCCUGGCCAGAAAGGCAUUUGCCAAGAGACAACAGCAACUCACAGCCAUGAAAGUGAUCCAGAGGAACUGUGCUGCCUACCUCAAACUAAGGAACUGGCAGUGGUGGAGGCUCUUCACAAAGGUCAAGCCUCUGCUGCAAGUGACCCGACAGGAGGAGGAGAUGAGUCUGAAGGACGAAGAGCUGCAGAAAGCCAAAGAUGUUGCUUUAAAGGUUGAAGCUGAGCUGAAGGAGAUCACCUUGAAACACACAUCGGUUUUGGAGGAGAGGAAUGCACUGCAGGAGCAGCUUCAAGCAGAGACAGAGCUGUAUGCCGAGGCUGAGGAGAUGAGGGUUCGUUUGGCGGCUAAAAAGCAGGAGCUGGAAGAGAUCCUCCAUGAGAUGGAGGCAAGACUGGAUGAAGAGGAAGAACGUGCUCAGGCGCUGUUAGUGGAUAAGAAGAAGAUGCAACAGCAGAUGCAGGAAUUGGAAGAACAUUUGGAGGAGGAGGAAGAUGCCCGCCAAAAGCUGCAGCUGGAGAAGGUUACCUGUGAGGGGAAGAUCAAAAAGCUGGAGGAUGACAUCCUGGUGAUGGAGGACCACAACAACAAGCUGCUGAAGGAGAGGAAGCUGAUGGAGGAGAGGAUUGCUGACUUCAGUAGCAACCUGGCAGAGGAAGAGGAGAAGUCAAAGAACCUCACCAAGCUAAAAAAUAAACAUGAGUCCAUGAUCUCUGAACUAGAGGUCCGCUUGAAAAAGGAAGAGAAGAGUCGACAGGAGCUGGAUAAGGCUAAGCGUAAGUUGGAAGCAGAGUCGAAUGACCUGCAAGAGCAGAUAGCCGACCUGCAGGCCCAGAUCGCUGACCUCAAAGCCCAGCUUGCAAAGAAGGAGGAGGAGUUACAGAACGCCUUGGCCAGGUUAGAAGAUGAGACAGCUCAGAAGAACAACGCGCUGAAGAAGAUCAGGGAGCUGGAGGGACACAUAUCGGACCUGCAAGAGGACCUCGACUCUGAGCGGGCGGCUAGAAACAAGGCAGAGAAGAUCAAACGAGACCUCGGGGAAGAGCUGGAGGCCCUCAAGUCUGAGCUAGAGGACACCUUGGACACCACUGCCACACAGCAGGAACUAAGGGCCAAACGUGAGCAGGAGGUGAACCUGCUGAAGAGAGCCAUCGAGGACGAGAACCGGACCCAUGAGGCCCAGAUACAGGAGAUGAGACAGAAACACACCCAGGCUACGGAGGAGCUCACAGAGCAGCUGGAGCAGUCCAAACGAGUGAAGUCAAACCUGGAGAAGGCUAAACAAGCUCUGGAGAAGGAGACGUCAGAAUUAACCAUAGAGGUGCGCUCACUCGUCCAGGCCAAACAAGACGGAGAGCACAAGAGGAAGAAGUUGGAAGGCCAGGUGGCAGAUCUGCAGUCACGCUUCAACGACAGUGAGAAGCAGAAGGCCGAGCUGGGAGAGCGCUGCUCUAAGAUCACUGUUGAACUGGAGAGUGUGACAAACCUACUGAAUGAAGCAGAGGGCAAGAACAUCAAACUGAGCAAAGAUGUUACCAGCCUUACCUCCCAACUCCAAGACUCACAGGAACUGCUGGCUGAGGAGACACGUCAGAAACUGCAGUUCUCUACAAAGCUGCGGCAAGCAGAAGACGACAAGAAUAGCCUGCAGGAGCAGCUUGAAGAGGAGAUGGAGGCCAAGAGGAACGUGGAGAGACACGUGUCCACCCUCAACAUCCAGUUGUCAGAUUCGAAGAAGAAGCUAGAGGAAAUGACAGGAAACAUCGAGUUGCUGGAGGAAGGUAAGAAACGUCUGCAGAGAGAUUUGGAGGCAGCAAACACCCAGUUUGAGGAGAAAGCCUCUGCGUAUGACAAGUUGGAGAAGACCAAAAACCGUCUGCAGCAGGAGCUUGAGGACACGCUAAUGGACCUGGAUAACCAGAGACAGAAUGUGUCCAACCUUGAGAAGAAGCAGAAGAAGUUUGACCAGAUGCUGGCCGAGGAGAAGAGCAUCUCCAGUAAAUAUGCAGAUGAGAGAGACCGUGCUGAAGCCGAGGCCAGAGAGAAGGAGACCAAGGCUCUGUCCCUGGCGAGAGCUCUGGACGAGGCCCAGGAUUCCAGAGAGGAGCUGGAGAGAGCCAACAAGGCCCUGAGGAUGGAGAUGGAGGACCUGAUCAGCUCCAAGGAUGAUGUGGGAAAAAAUGUCCACGAGCUGGAGAAGUCCAAGCGAGGCCUGGAGGCCCAGGUGGAAGAGAUGAAGACCCAGCUGGAGGAGCUAGAGGACGAGCUGCAGGCGGCUGAGGAUGCCAAGCUUCGUCUGGAGGUCAACAUGCAGGCCCUGAAGGCCCAGUUCGAGAGGGACCUCCAGGGACGAGAUGAGAUGGGAGAGGAGAAGAAGAGACAGCUUGUCAAGCAGGUUCGUGAGUUGGAGACGGAGUUGGAGGACGAACGUAAGCAGAGGGCCCUGGCAGCUGCAGCCAAGAAGAAGCUGGAGACAGACAUGAAAGAUCUGGAGGGACAGAUCGAGACGGCUAGUAAGGGACGAGAUGAGGCCAUCAAACAGCUCCGCAAGCUCCAGGCCCAGAUGAAGGACUUCCAGAGGGAGAUGGAAGACGCCCACGCAGCCAGAGAGGAGGUGUUGGCUACCGCAAAGGAGAGCGAGAAGAAGGCCAAGAGUCUGGAGGCUGAGCUCAUGCAGCUACAGGAGGACCUGGCUGCAGCUGAGAGGGCACGGAAGCAGGCAGAGGCCGAAAGAGAUGAGCUGGCUGAUGAGCUGUCCAGCAACUCCUCUGGGAAGUCAGCCUUGGCAGACGAGAAACGUCGUCUGGAAGCUAAGAUCUCCCAGCUAGAGGAGGAGCUGGAGGAAGAGCAGAGCAACAUGGAGAUCCUCAACGACAGGCUGAGGAAGAGCACGCAGCAGGUGGAUCAGCUGAACAACGAGCUGCAGACGGAGCGCAGCACCUCCCAGAAGAACGAGAGCGCUCGGCAGCAGAUGGAGCGCCAGAACAAGGAGCUGAAGGCCAAGCUCCAGGAGAUGGAGAACCAAGUCAAGUCUAAGUUCAAGUCCUCCAUCUCCGCCUUGGAGGCUAAAGUGGCACAGCUGGAGGAGCAGCUGGAGCAGGAGAACAGAGAGAAGCAGGCAUCUGCGAAGAGUAUACGCCAGAAAGACAAGAAGCUUAAGGAACUGAUUAUGCAGGUGGAAGACGAAAGGAAGCAGGGAGAGCAAUACAAAGACCAGGCGGAAAAGUCGAACAUCCGCAUGAAGCAGCUAAAGCGGCAGCUGGAGGAGUCGGAGGAGGAGUCUCAGCGCGCUACAGCCGCCCGCAGGAAGCUGCAGCGGGAGCUGGAUGAAGCCACCGAGGCCAGCGAAGCCAUGAGCCGCGAGGUCAACUCUCUCAAGAGCAAACUCAGGCGUGGAAACGAACCCUCCUUUGGCAGCACAGCUCGGCGUAUGGGUGGAGGCCGAAGGGUGGUCGAGGAUGCCUCAGAAGAGGAGGCCGACUCCCAAAGCGACUUCAAUGGAACCAAGUCCGCGGAGUAAGGGACGUCAAAUAACCAGAUAUCAGAAUUACCUACCAGGGCAAGCUCCGCCACUUAAACAGAGAAUAACUUCAAAGCCUGUUAUGCUAUCUAGUUCUUCCAUAUCACUUCAAAAUAUAUUUUCUCCCAUUUCCAAUAAUGUACUGAUCUAUCUUCUUGUUUCAGAGCACCUUUUCUUGACACACAAUAAUCAGAAGGACUUGAUAUCAACUAGGGGAGUUGUUUUGGUGUCUCUGCUGAUGUGUGAUUUGCUGUUCCUUUUGUUUUGUUUAUUAAGUUACACUGUUUUGUACUGCACUGAAUAACUGAUUCUUUUCUUAUGCAAGGUUUUGUACACAAAAAUAGGUACCUCUAAUUACCACGCUGACCUGCCAGCAAAGCCUCAGGUCUUCACAAUAAGUCACCUUAGAAAGCAGAGACAUCAUGUAAAUCUAUGCAUCUGUAACUAUUAUCAGCUACUGUCGUCCUGUUGCCUGUGACUGCUGUUAAGUGUUUCAGAGCAGCACUGAAGUGGUUUAACAGAUUGGAUAUGUAGAGAGAUAUUUCUAUACUCAGUCUGCAUCCAGUCAGUGCUGCUAUUUGUACCCCAACAAAUAUUUAGCUGUUAAACAUUUUCUAAAGUCACCGUUUUUAUAUUAUUUGCACCUGUCUUGUGUCCAGAUAUGUUUAGAUUACUUUUACUCAAGCCCAGUAAUGUCAGAAUGUUUUAGGUUAGACAAGGUUUCGGGUAACCCUAACUAUAAAAUAACGAGCCAGAUUUCAGUAUUGGGAACUUAGCAGCACUCGCAUCUUAAUUUUCUAUUUCUUUUGUCCAGAUUUACUGUACUGGUUCAAAAAGCCCCUGAUCACCCGAAACCAACUCAUUGUCAUUUGAUCAUGUUAUAUGUAAUCAACUGAUGUUUACAUGACACCAUUUGUAUCUAUUAAUUGUUGAACCACCUGCACAAGAAAUAAAGAUCUUUAAAAAAAAAAAAAAACAACAACAAAAA